CUUUUUUUUUUUCUUUUUUCCCUUGCUUUUCUAUCUCUCGUUUUCUUUGAUUUUCUUUUUCUCUUUCCCUUUUAUUCUUCUUUGACUCUUCAAGAGUACUAUUGUUUGGUCCUCUGCCGAUGUCGGGUGAACUGUGAGUGGUUCUUGUGCUGAUCUGCUGAUUUGAACUUAAUCAACCCCCAAGUCAGCUGUGCAUCGACAUCAUUAGGUAUCCUUCCCUCGUCCAACUUCUAUUUCAUACCUCUUUCUUCUACUCGUUCCCCAUCAUCCUUCAUCUCAACCAACCACCUUGACUUUGCCGCUGUCAAGGUCGUGGUUGGAUAUCUCUCUUACUUUUCUAUUAUCUUGAUUGAUCUUGAUGUGGUCUCUGCUUCUGAUAAGAUAAUCGCGAGCAAUAAACUCAUUCCCCACCCCCACUUGCCUUCACCCCCUUCCUGAUAGUUGACCGCUUCGGACGGUUCCCCUGCGGCCACUGGUGGUCUGAUUGAGCGGGAUUGAUCGACAGCACCCCUCCUUCGACCUUAUUAGAUCUUUAAGACCUACUUCAACCAUUUCAACCUCUCUACUUCUUUAUACUUCUCACAAUCAAGAUCAAGUAUACAACAACUAUGCAACCAAACCACUAUGACCUGCUAGGUCAGGUGCAAUCUGAUGAGCCUCGACGAGCGACACGAGACGCCCGUCAUCAGAAUCCCUUCCAGUCACGUUCUCCAUCUGGUGUCGCACCCACGAGAUCCGAAGAUUCAUGGAUCGAGGUCGCCUCUCAGCCCUCCUCCUCGUCCCUUUCCUCCAUUGCAACAAAUGACGACAUCAUCACCACCGGUCUGCGGGUCGAGCAAAAUGGACCGGGAGCAUAUCAUCACCGUAGUCGGCGACGGCGUCUACGACACCUGGCUGCCGUCACAACGGCACAGGUGGACUACUCAUCCCGUGAACAGAGCAGUAGCCAAGACGAGUAUGAGGAAAGUGAAAGUGAAUCAGACCGCGUUAUGACUAGCUCCAAUGAGGACAUGCCUAGACGGUCGCUUGGAAAUCCACUACAGUCUCGCGCUGAACCUCCGUCAAUAUCUGAUAUUCCCUCGAGUGACGAGGAUGAUGCAUCGACAGCACUAGGGAUGCGAAUAAGCUCGUCCCCAUUCGUCCCACAGCCAAACGUCUUCUCCCAUCCGCCAUCAUCCCGGGAUCCCGCCUGGACAAGGCCAGUCGAGAGACACCGUCCCCAGGAUAGUGAAGUGUCAAACUGCAGUCGUCAAACAGCUAUCCGACGAAAUUCACAAGCCAGUAUAAGAACAACUCGCAGGCAGUCACAACAGCAUAGUCCUUACAAUAUGAUUUCCCCGUCUUACCAGGCAGACCAUGAUGCAGCCCUCCGUUCCAGUCUCUCUACUCUUCUGUCCUGUGCCGCCGCUGCACGAGGUCUACCGAAAUCGGAUCCGCAACCCUCUUCACCAUCGGGACAAUCGCGAGCACAGCCAGCGUCUUUUCGACUGGUAUCAGAGUCAGUCGCAAUGGGGGAGGAGAUCACUGGAGAAGUUCCCGCAUCGGCUACCGAGAACAACUCCCCUAGGCGACCACCUGUGGCUCCUUAUUCACCACGCCCCACACCUUCUACUCCGAGGGUGAAGCGGCGGUCUAGCUCCCCGAAAGAACACCACGCUUCGGCUUAUAGGAAAGGCCGUCGAGCAAGCACGGCGGACUCAGCAGCUAGUCCUACGAUUAUGACGUGGGUAAUCAGCGCUGGCGUCGUAGUUCUCUUUUCUGCAAUUAGCUUCUCGGCAGGAUAUGUGAUUGGUCGUGAGGUCGGAAGGAUGGAAGCAGGCGCUGGGGUAGGGUCAGUCAUAGGCGAUGGGAACUUUUCUGGUGGCAGAACGUCCGCGGCUUGUGGCCAGGAAGCCAUCAAAGGAGGGCUGAAGCGUUUCCGAUGGGGCUCUGGGGCCGCUGGGUCAGGAGUUAUUGCAUGAACAGCUCAGUACUAAAGCAACAGAUCAACUGGAUGGGUCUAAAAGGCAUUUAUGAGCCAAAAUGGCGUUUGUUAAGAUUUGACAGUGACAUGAUGUGACGAAGACUUCGGAUCUGUCAGUUCCUUUCUUUCCCCAUCAUUUAUUUCUUCUCUGCUAUCUUUUUGGGAUCCAUAUACUAUACUUUCCUUGAUUUCUUUAGGAGUUGUUUUGCACACCAAUCGUUUUCGACUACUUCCAAAUGAUGUAUGGGCUGUCUGGGGAUGUCUUGGAGGAAGAAUUCCUGGCCGUGCUGUUCUUAUUACCUUAGGUAUAGUUUUUGGUCUUUUAUGGCGUUACGGUUGCUACAUUAUAUGUUCUGGAUGCACCCUGGAAUCUAUACCCCUUCUCUUACUUACAUUUGGACAUAAUGGUGGCUAGUUAUGAAUGCAGUUUGCUAUACGUCUAUAGUUCUCGUGUCACAUAAGGCUUUGGGUCAAAUCUUUUCCUGGUGUGACAGGAAAUCACAAUUCCCGCGCUUUCAGAUAAACAUGGUAGAUCAACGAUGAGAUGAGGUCUCUUUGAAG